UUGAAACAGCCCGGUCAUCAUCGUCGCGUUCGGUUCUUUCGGUUUCGAUUCGAUUCGUUUCGUUUCGACUCGAGUAGUGACGAGCUUGUAAAAUAUCGUUAUUACCGAAGAAGAGUGCGUGAAAAUUUGUCAGGGUGUCGGCAACCUGUAAAUAAAAGGAACACCCAUAAUAGCACCCCAUUUUACCGCGAUCCGAUUGGACAGUUAAGACCUUUCAUUUCUGGUUGAUUGACGGAGUGGCCAAAAGUCCGUCGGCAAGUGUUCCGGUUGGUGUAAAAGGAAAAAGCUUGAUAAGGCCGGUGGACAUUAAAACAGCAAAUCUAAACACACCAGAAGAUAAUACCAACUCUCAAGAAGUCACCAAGAAUUACGGCUAUACAAUCCAUAGAUAGAUCUACAAACAAUCACGAUAAAAAAGCCGCUGCCGUCGAGCAUUGAUCAGAUCGCCCUCCUGGAUUAUGGGCAUAUCGGAGGAGAUCAAGCUGGAGGAACUACCGCAAGAAGCCAAGCUAGCGCACCCGGAUGCCGUAGGGCUGGUGGACCGUGCCCCCGGAUCGUCGGCCGCCUCCGCCGGCGCAGCGCUAACGGUUUCGAUGUCGGUUACCGGCGGAGUGGCGCCCAGUGGAGCAAGUGGAGCAAGUGGAGCCAGUGGCGGCACCAACAGCCCCAUUUCGGACGGGAACAGCGACUGCGAGGCGGACGAGUACGCCCCGAAGCGGAAGCAGCGGCGUUAUCGCACAACCUUCACCAGCUUUCAGCUCGAGGAGCUGGAGAAGGCCUUCUCGCGGACCCAUUAUCCCGACGUGUUUACGAGAGAGGAGCUGGCGAUGAAAAUUGGAUUAACCGAGGCGCGCAUUCAGGUCUGGUUCCAGAACCGGCGGGCCAAGUGGCGCAAGCAGGAGAAGGUCGGCCCCCAAUCGCAUCCGUAUAAUCCCUACCUGCCCAGCGGCGCCGCCACCAUGCAGACGGUGGUGGGGGCCGCCCUGCCACCCAAUCCCUUCACCCACCUGGGCUUCCAGCUGCGCAAGCCCUUCGACGCCCAACACGCCGCCAACCUGGCCGCCUUCCGCUACCCACACCUCUCCGCCGCCCCCAUGAUUCCGUCGGGCUACUUCAACCAAUUCCAGAGGGCUCCUCCACACAUGUUGCCCCACGGAAUGGCGGGCAUGUACUCCCCAUCGAGCUCCUUUCAAUCCCUGCUGGCGAACAUGACGGCGGUGCCGCGGGGACCGCCUCUGGGAAAACCAGCCGCUCUACUGGUAGGAUCACCCGAUUUGCAUUCGCCCAACCACCUGCUUGCCUCGCCGCCCACUUCGCCCGUCUCCUGUCACGCCCCCCAGCAUCAACAGCAUCCGGCCGCCCAUCCACCUCCCCCUCCGCAGGCCCCUCCCCAAAUGCCAGUUGGAGUGCAGCCAGCUCAGCUUUCACCCCAACAGCUGGUUGGAAUUGCCUUGACCCAACACCAGGCGCCCUCCUGUCUAUCGCCCACUCAGACUUCCCCGGUGGCCUUGACCCUGUCACACUCGCCCCAGCGACAGCUGCCCCCACCACCCCCCUCGCAUCAGCCCCCGCCUCCCCCGCCCAGAGCUGCAACGCCCCCCGAGGACAGACGCACUUCCUCCAUUGCCGCCCUGCGUCUGAAGGCCAGGGAGCACGAACUGAAGCUGGAACUGCUGCGGCAAAAUGGACAUGGAAACGAUGUGGUCAGCUAGCUGGAGGUGGAGGUGGAGAUUUUCAAGGAUACGUUGGAUAAUACGAUGGUCAGGAAUAAUAUCCCAAACCCAAGUGCAAAAACAUUGCCCGUUCACCGUAGUCUUAAGCCAAUAAGUUAUUAUAUUUUAUGUAUUUAACACGGAAUUUUUAAUAAAUCAACAAGUAAA